CUCAGAAAAAAAAACUGUGCGGCUCAUGUCUCAUGCAUGUUGAUCUCUGGUGAUUUCUUUCUUUAAUUUCAAAUAUCUGUCUUGGUUAGGUUGCAUACUUGUUAAAUAAAGAAUUAUUAGUGAAAAGGAUUAACAAAAAAUAUCAAAAUGGUGUCACUAAAUCCAAUCAGAAUAUUGAAGAAUGAGGCGGAAGAAGAAAAAGCAGAGAUUGCUCGAAUGUCUAGCUUUAUUGGAGCCAUAGCUAUUGGCGAUCUUGUAAAAAGUACUUUGGGCCCAAAGGGAAUGGACAAGAUUUUAGUCUCUAGCGGCAGAAACGCUGGGCAGGUUGAAGUAACAAAUGAUGGUGCUACUAUAUUGAAAUCUAUCGGUAUUGACAAUCCUGCUGCAAAGAUUUUAGUUGACAUGUCAAAAGUUCAAGAUGAUGAAGUUGGUGAUGGAACAACAUCGGUCACAGUAUUAGCUGCUGAAUUGCUGAGAGAGGCAGAAAAGUUGAUUGAGCAGAAGAUUCAUCCUCAGACAAUAAUAGCUGGUUGGCGCAUCGCCAGUGCCGCGGCAAAGCAAGCUCUAGCUGAAGCCAGUUUUGAUCAUGCAAAUAACCUGAAUGAGGCAUCCUUACGCGCCGAUCUUGAAAAUAUUGCCCGGACAACUUUAAGCUCUAAAAUUCUAUCAAAUCACAAAGAGCAUUUCACAAAACUAGCAGUUGAUGCUGUACUUCGUCUCAAAGGUUCUGGCAAUCUUAAAGCUAUACAAAUUAUGAAGAUCAGUGGAGGUCUUCUGGAAGAGNNNNUCUUAGAUGAAGGUUUUCUUCUUAAUAAAAAGGUUGGAGUUCACCAGCCGAAGAGAAUUGAAAAUGCAAACAUUCUGAUAGCCAACACGCCAAUGGACACAGACAAGAUUAAAGUUUUUGGAUCUGUCAUCAAAGUGGACUCUAUGGCUAAAAUCGCUGAAUUAGAAGUUGCAGAGAAAGAAAAGAUGAAGGAUAAAGUUAACAAAAUAUUGGCUCACAAAUGCAAUGUAUUUAUUAACAGGCAACUUAUUUACAAUUAUCCUGAACAACUGUUUGCGGACGCGGGUGUGAUGGCCAUCGAGCACGCGGACUUUGACGGCAUCGAGCGCCUCGCUCUCGUCACCGGGGGAGAGAUUGUAUCCACAUUUGACACGCCGGAAAAAGUCAAACUUGGACACUGCAAACUUAUUGAACAGGUGCUGAUCGGUGAUGAGAGCCUGAUCCGUUUCUCCGGGGUGGAGCUGGGGUCUGCGUGCACGGUGGUGAUCCGCGGCGCCACGCAGCAGGUCAUCGACGAGGCGGAGCGCUCGCUGCACGACGCGCUGUGCGUACUCGCUGCUACCGUUAGAGAACCAAAGGUCAUCUUCGGAGGAGGUGCGAGUGAGAUGGUGAUGGCGGAGGCGGUGUCGGGCGCGGCGGCGCGCACGGCGGGCAAGGAGGCGCUGGCGGCGGAGGCGUUCGCGGUGGCGCUGCGCCGCCUGCCCUCCGCCGUCGCAGACAACGCGGGCUACGACAGCGCCGACCUCAUCGCCCGCCUGCGCGCGCACCACGCGCAGGGCGACCACACCAUGGGACUCGAUAUGGAGAGAGGAUGCGUAGGCGAUAUGAAGGCGCUGGGUAUAACGGAGUCAUACGUGGUGAAGAGACAGGUGCUGCUGUCGGCCGCCGAGGCCGCGGAGAUGAUACUGCGCGUUGACAACAUCCUGAAGUCGGCGCCGCGCCGCCGCGGACCGGACCGCAGACCCUGUUAAUUACACUCAGUUCUACAAACAAUAUCUGCUAUAAACCAAUAAAUACUACUACAUAGUACAAUCAGGGAAUCUAGCGGUGUUGCACCUUUAAAAUAUACUGUCGCUUAACGUACCCAUUAUAACAUUAAAAUAUGUGUACUUUAAAAUAUCGGUUGGUACACAGAUAAUUGCUUUUUUAUCCCGUCGUUUGAGUAACAUACUGCUACUUAAUUGAGCAAAGCAAUUUUUCUCUAUGUGGAACAUCGCGGAUUUUCUACAUUGUACAUACCAUGUGUCAGCUUAUAAUAAACCGACUUCACACAAGUAAAAGAGUUGUAAUAUUCGCAUUUAUAAUAAGAAGGUUAUAUGAUGAAAACAACUUUUUAUACCGUUAUUUUGUAAUUAAGCAUGUUCUAAUGAAUUUUUACGGUUUUGUUUAAAAAUGAUCCGCCAUUUGCGGCGGCCAUCUUAGAUUUAAAAUGCUAUGUAAAUUGUAUUGUUAUCUGAACUAAAGGAUACCUUUAUAGUAUUUAUAUGAAAAUUGUGUUUAAAUUCAAUUGAGCCGAUCAAUUCAAACAUAUUAAGUGAAUACAACUUUUAGCAGAUAUUGGUUUGAAAUGAAAGUGUAAGAUCAGAAGUGUGAAAAUAAAGUGUUGAUUCACACUUCUGAUUAUUUUUUAUAAUAAGUGUAUGCUUAUGAAAUUAAUUUUCACAAAUAACUAUUAUUUUCAUUUAGUUAGACUGCAAAGGAAUGAACAUUUAUUACCGGAAGUGUAACAGCAUUUAUCCAUUUGUUUUGUCAUGCACAAGUUUGUUCUUUUGUGGUAAUAAUUUACUUUUAGUUUUGCUACAAAUUCAAUUCUGAAUUAUUUGCUUUAGUUUGCUUGGCGCAAGUUAGAUGUAACAAUAUAUUUAAUUAAAAAAUUAACACACUAA